AUGGGUGGCAACAACGCACUCCAUACAAACCCUUUCAUAGUGAAUGGCAGGACGGUGGAUAUCCAUAUCACCACCCGUGGGUCGGACUGGUAUUGGGCAGUCAUGUCAACCAUGGGCACGACCAUGCUGGGUGCGCUGGGUAGCGGUUUUCUGAAACCCGCAAGCAAUCGGCUCUUCCAUUACAUUCUCGCUCUCGCAGCCUUUGUGGCGAUGGUCGAACACUACAGCAUGGCAUCCAAUCUUGGCUGGGUCCCGAUUGAUGUUGAGUGGCAACGGAGCAGUCAUCUUGUCUCGGGCAUCAACCGUCAGAUCUGGUGGGUUCGCUACUGCGGCUGGUUUCUCAUCUGGCCGCUACUGACCGUCUCGAUCCUCCUGACCUCAGUCGUCCCCACGGUCUAUGUCUUGUGGACUUGCUUCCUGAGCUGUGCCAUGGCGGUGAUGGCUGUGGUUGGGGCACUUGUUCGGACGGACUACAAGUGGGGCUACUACGGGUUCUGGAUCUGGUGCUGGCUUCUUAUCGGUUAUCACCUGGUCUGGCUUCCGAGAAGGUUUGCUUCGGCCCUGGGCAAAGACAUCGUGUUCACGCACAACAUGGCCUCCGCCUGGGUAUGGCUCCUCUGGAUGCUGUACCCUGUUUGCUGGGGCGUCUCUGAAGGCGGAAACGUCAUUGCCCCUGACAGUGAAUUCAUAUUCUACGGCAUUCUUGACUGCAUGUUGAUACCGGUUACGAGUGCAUUUCUCCUCUUCCGACACUGGAACAUCGACCCUGCACGUCUAGGUUUGAGGAUGCGAACUUACGACGACCCUCUUAAUACGCAUGGGACAUUCCAGCCAGAGAAGCCUGUGCCACAAGGUCAAUCUGAUGGAGUGGCCCAUGAUAGUGCCGGUGCUGUCCAGACUUCUGUCGACGACGGCCAGGCCCCUGCGACCGUCUAG